UGAACAAUUGGGUGUCUCCGGCAGGCUUUCUUAAACCGCGAGACGUUCUAUUUGAAAGCAAAAGCAUAACAAUCCGCUAAGGUAGGCUCCUAUUACAGAAAUGAGGUGAAUUAGAAAUAUUUUAAAUCGUGCAUUGUUGUUGCUUUAUGGAGGGAACUGUAAAUCGGGAGCAAAGGGGCCGAGAAGUUGAGGAACGGUUUAUUGCAACCCGUUGUACUCCACAUAUGUAGCAUAAACUGCACAGUGGAAAGCAUGUAACAGUAGGUGUUCACCGCAGCUUCUUCUUUCGGCUAUUCCCGGUUAGGGGUCGUCACAGCGGAUCACCUGUCCGUUCUUGAUUGGCAGUGGAGUUUUACAGUAUUUAUAAUUCAGAAUUCCACCCAGGAUUGCUGUCUGGUUGCUCUAUGUAAACAGUAUGCAUUGUUACCAAGGAACUUCUGCGUCGGUUGUGCACUCCUUGGAAUGAGAAGACGUCAGUGGUUCUUCUCCAGUGUGAUGCGCUUGUUCCUGAGGUGCUUGCGGCUGGCCCGCAGAAGGCACUACAUGUUUUUAAAGAAUGUCAGUGAACUAUGCAGUUACUGGAAACUUUGCACUAAGUCUCUUCUUUAUAACUCCCUCACGAACAGUGAUGUUGUCAUCGAUUCCCUUUUUGAACCAAUUUAUUGGAUUGUAGACAAUGUGACCAGGUGGUUUGGAGUGGUUUUUGUUGUUCUGGUCAUUGUGCUGACAAGCUCGAUUGUGCUCAUAGUCUACAUCUGUGUCCUGCCAAUCAUCCUGCAGACUUAUCCCCUAAGGUGGAUAGUAUGGCACAUCAGCUACGGUCACUGGAAUCUCAUCAUGAUUAUAUUUCAUUACUACAAGGCUGCAAGUACUCCUCCGGGUUUCAGUCCGCAGACCAAAACAGCCAUUCCAGCUGUGGCCAUCUGUAGAAAAUGCAUAGCUCCAAAACCAGCAAGAACACACCACUGCAGCAUUUGCAACAGAUGUAUACUGAAGAUGGAUCAUCACUGCCCUUGGUUGAAUAACUGCGUUGGGCAUUUUAACCAUAGGUACUUCUUUUCUUUCUGCUUCUUCAUGACACUGGGUUGCUUGUACUGCAGCAUUAGUAGCAGAGAGAUGUUUUGGAAUGCUUACAAUGCUGUUGAGCGAAUGAAAACUUUUGAGAGGGCGAAACUUCAGAAGGCGGCCAAUGAGAGCUAUUACCAGAAUCCACCCCCUGUGUUUACCUUCCAGGAGAAGAUGUUUCACAAAAGCAUUAUUUACCUCUGGGCUCUUUGCAGUUCUGUUGCCUUAGCACUGGGUGCUCUUACACUGUGGCAUGCCAUGCUCAUCACGAGAAGUGAAACUAGCAUUGAAAGGCAUAUUAACAAAAAGGAGCAAGCAAGGCUUAAGAAGAAGGGAAGAAGAUUUAGAAAUCCUUACAGCUAUGGAAAACUCAACAACUGGCGAAUUUUCCUUGGAGUGGAAAAGAGAAGGCACUGGAUCAUUCGUGUCCUUUUACCAUCUUCACACCUCCCGUAUGGAGAUGGAAUGGUUUGGCAGACUCCACAUUUCAUAAGCAGCAAGAAAUCUGUCCUGCCAGUAUAACAUGAGGAAGAAAAAGCACCAGCAUCUAGAUUCCAGGGCAAUUGUUUCCUUUCCAGUUUGCAGUAUAGUACAACAGUGGUUUUCUAAUGCAACCACAAAUCUUGAGGGGGUAAAAACCUCUACAAUAACUGUGGAAUUGGAAUGAAAGCCAUUAUCUCCAUGUUCACCAGCCACGGUGGUUGCACUCUGACUGGGUGUUGAGCACCUGAAACUGUUUGUGCUGCCAUACUGUGUUUCCAUGAGCAGGACAUGGAAAGUUGGAAAAAUGAUGCAGAAGUUCAGCUUAUUUUAUAAAUGUUUACUGAGAUUUUCAACAGAUCUAAGAAAGUAGCGGACGGUACAUGGUGCCAGGUACUAUGUCACCUGGCAUUGUAUUAAACAUACCAGGCAUCACUCUUCAUUUUGAAUCUACAGAAAUGCGUGCUGUUUGUUUUCUGUUUUAUAUUUCACACUGAAAUGCUCAUGAAUUGUUUUGUAGUUAGUUCUCAACCAAAUUUACUGUUUCUAACUCUCUAACGAUUGGCCACAGUUGGAUGACGAUUAGGGUAUAACAGUUAUCUCAAGGAGACUGUGGUGGGCUGUUGAUUUACAUACUAUAUACAAAACUGUUGCUGACUAGUGAUAGAAUACAGUUUCAGACUUCAUGCAGCAUUGAUGUGAGAGGCAGUCCCCUCAUUUCAAUUAUGGUGGAAUAACAUUUACUGAACCAGUUAUCCUCUGUGAAUCAUUUUUUAAAUUGUAUUGAAAACAUUUUUGUUCAUGCCUUUUUCAAAUGUUAUAUAGUAUACCAGCAGCCAGAAUUGAUCCAUUGACUUUUAACAGUUUUUUUCAGGUAGGACACAAAGUGUGAUACAGGAGCCUAUUGUCCUUCGUUUAACAAAACCAUGCAUACUGGAGGCUGUAGAAAACUGUUGAGGGCGGUCUUCUAGCUAAAUGUGUUGAAAGUGAGAAAUCCAUUAAAAAGUUUUACCUCAGA